AUGGACUCGUCGGGAUUCUCUGGGUUUUACACGUCUCAAGGACUGGUAGACGAGUUUAAGAUGUUACAGGAUAACUUGCCCAUCACACUUCGAGAAAAAGGUACAAGUUCCUACAGCGAUGGUGAACACGAUACCGACAACGAUACUGAUAACGAACGUUUCGGUACUGUGCAAAUCGUCAAUAGUAAUGGGAAACAGCCGUUGCAACAACCCAUAGAUGUGACGUUGCCGGAUUCCAAGAGUCGAGAUGCAGCUGUGGUGUUGAAAAAUAUCGAUAUUCUAAAGGCGAUUUUCGAUACUCUGAGUGGCAAAGAUAAACUAGCCAAGAUUUUGAAAUACGUGCUGGAUCUGCUGACCCUGUUUGUGGGCCGGAGUCGCACCAUUAUCACCACAUGGGACCCGCAAGUGCUCCGACACUAUUCGAAAGUGCUUUCGCAGCUGAACUUGCGUCUGGCACCCAAACACCCGAUCACAAUAGUCAAGAUCCUCACGGUCGCAUGUCUGCAGAACUUCGAGUCCCGUGCUUCGCUCAUAAGUACAAGUCUUAGUCUCUUUCGCCAAAUUCUGAGAUUUGGUGGCACACCUUUCCGGGUUGCGUCUAUGGGCCAAAAGAUCGGCUCUACCGUGCAACAAAUCACAACCGCCAAGGAACUGAGCUUGUCACAGUCCAGAAGAUCAACUAGUAGUAUAGCCGUGGCCGUCAUCAACAAAGUUUGGGUUAACGAAAGCUCGCUUACCGAUUUCCUUGAUUUAUACUACGGUAUCAUGGACGAACUGGCAUUGCUUCACAAAUUUAAGGUUUGGAACCAUGCAGCGUUCUUUCGGUGGGUGUCCAAACACGAGGCUUUAUCGUGGUACUACGAUAUCAUGCUGGGACUCAAGAAAAAUUGGGUCUCGCUUCGAGAUCUGAACCGCACGCAGCUCGAGCUCGAGAUUCAGAUCCAAGUCAAAGAACGCGCCCUCGAGCUUUCCACCAGACUGCACGACAGAGCCGCUUCGCCUAUAAAACAACAGCUGCUGCAAGACUUGCACGCCUCGAGUACCGGUAACGCACCCACACUUGAACGGAUUCAAGAGUUGGAACGGCAACGUAAAACCAUCAUUCUAGAUCUUGUCAGGCUUACAUUUGAUUUUCUUGCGGAUACAACAGACGUCUUCAACCUCAAGACGCCGCCUGGCACCUACGCUGCAUUAUCUCUAGUGUCGGGUCUCACAGGUUUUGCCAAGCUGUGGGGAAACGCUAAGAAAGAAUUGUCUUAUACUGCCUAA